UCACUUACUCCUCACUUUCUUCUUAUUUCUCUCCCUUCCUCUCUCCCCUCUAUAAAUCCCCCUCCAUUUCUUCUCUCUCCUCUUGAACUCGACUCUGCUCUUCAAUGAGCCCUUCGAACCCAGCAACGGUUGCAUCUGAGGACGGCUCCCGAGCCCAAAAUAAGGAGAGGUCCUCUUACAGGGAUGUGCUUAUUCUUGCUUACCAGAGUCUUGGUGUGGUUUAUGGAGAUCUUAGUACUUCUCCUUUAUAUGUCUACAAGACCACUUUCUCGGGGAAAUUGAGCCUCCAUGAGAACGACGAAGAAGUCUUCGGAGUGUUUUCCUUUAUCUUUUGGACUCUCACGCUCAUCCCUCUUUUCAAAUACAUUUGUUUUGUGCUUUCGGCAGAUGAUAAUGGAGAAGGUGGUACCUUUGCCCUGUAUUCACUGCUUUGCAGACAUGCAAGGUUAUGUAUCCUGCCUAAUCAACAAGCAGAUGAUGAGAGCUUGGCAGCUUAUGAUGCAGAAUGCGCAGCUGAUACUUGGCAGAGUUCUAUGAUUAAGGGCUUCUUCAGUAAGCAUCCGAGAUUUAAGAAGGGCUUAUUAAUACUUGUUUUACUUGGAACUUGUAUGGCUAUUGGUGAUGGAGUGCUGACGCCAACCAUCUCAGUUCUUUCUGCAGUGUCAGGAGUCAGGGUGAAAAUUACAGGUCUUCAUGAAAAUUAUGUUGUCAUGAUUUCGUGCAUAAUCUUGGUGGUUCUCUUCUCCCUCCAGCACCAUGGAACACACAGGGUUGGAUUCAUGUUUGCACCGAUUGUCAUAGCUUGGCUUCUUUGUGUUAGUGGCAUCGGAAUAUAUAACAUCUGUCGAUGGAAUCCUGGGAUUUUUUGCGCACUUUCACCAUAUUACAUGUAUAGGUUUCUCAAAAGCACUGGUAUAGAAGGGUGGAAGUCAUUAGGAGGAGUUGUCCUUUGUAUUACAGGUUCAGAGACUAUGUUUGCCAAUUUGGGUCAUUUCUCUCCGCGUUCAAUUAAGAUUGCUUUUGCAUGUCUGGUGUAUCCCUGCCUUGUUUUGGCUUACAUGGGCGAGGCAGCGUUUCUCUCCAAACACCAUUAUGAUAUCCAGCAAAGUUUCUAUAAAGCAAUCCCAGAAGCUGUAUUUUGGCCAGUAUUUGUAGUUGCCACUCUGGCAGCAGUUGUUGGAAGCCAGGCCGUGAUAUCGGCAACUUUCUCAAUGAUAAGUCAGUGCUGUGCGCUGAGCUGUUUCCCUCGUGUAAAAAUAGUACACACUUCAAACCAGAUCCAUGGGCAGAUAUACAUUCCCGAAGUCAAUUGGAGUCUCAUGUGUCUAUGCUUAGCCCUUACUAUUGGACUAAGGGAUACAAACGUAAUUGGCCAUGCAUAUGGCCUUGCUGUCACAAUUGUCAUCUUUACAACCACUUUCUUGAUGUUAAUGGUGAUAAUAAUUGUGUGGAAGAAAAAGACAAUCAGCGCCAUUGCUUUUCUCAUAUUUUUUGGAUCAAUAGAGCUUCUAUACAUCUCUGCUUCCUUCGUCAAAAUCCCUGAAGGAGGCUGGAUCCCUCUUGUUCUCUCUAUGAUCUUCGUGAGCAUGAUGUAUGUAUGGAACUAUGGUACAUUGAAAAAACAUGAGUUUGCCUUAGAGAACAAGGUCUCAGUACAGAGGAUAUUGGAUUUAGGGCCUAACCUGGGGAUCGUUCGCGUUCCUGGUAUAGGGCUUGUUUAUGCUGAUUUGGUCACUGGCAUUCCAGCAGUCUUUGGUCACUUUGCAACGAACUUACCUGCUUUUCAUCAAGUCCUAGUUUUUUUGUGCAUUAAAUCUGUUCAGGUUCCUUAUAUCUCUGAAGAUGAAAGGUUUCUUGUGGGAAGAAUUGGGCCAAAAGAUUUCCACAUGUUUAGAUGCAUUGUGAGGUAUGGGUACAAAGAGCUUCAACAAGAUGAUCACGAUUUUGAGAGCAGAUUGGUGUCUAAAAUCAUAGCUUUUGUGGAGAUGGAAGAUUUGCUAAUACAAAAUCAUAGGCAAUCUUGUGAGUAUGGUGAUUGUAUUUAUAGUCCAGUUUUGGAUUCACGUAAUGUUCUAGUGAAACUUGAUAGCUUUGGUAUUGAAGAGGGCUUUCUUCAUAAGGAAGAGUCAUUAGAUAUUCUGAAAGCCAAGGAUUCCGGUGUCGUUUACAUAUUAGGACGAUCAAUUGCCAAAGCUAAGAAAUCAUCAUCCCUCAUCAAGAAAUUCGCGAUCAAUGUUAUUUAUGCUUUCCUCAGCAAGAAUUGUCGCGAGCCUGAUGUUCUCUUGAAGGUGCCUCAUUCUUUGUUCCUUGAAGUUGGAAUGGUUUACUAUGUUUAACCUAUAGAUGUUGCCACACUACUUUAAAGUGUACAGGGAGAAAUUGUUGUCUUCAUGGUAUCCUAAAUUACUGAUGCUGAUUCUAACUCGUAGAACUUUAGCAGUUUGUAUUUCAAACAUUGUAAACACACUGGUUCGUCACAGAAAGAAUGAGAUCAGUCUUUUUUUAUGUUUUCUUCGUGUUUGUUCGAUAUGUACAAAGGAAUACAUGUUCACAAGGUUUUUAUGUUCUAUUCGGAGAAACACUUAUGAUA